AUAUAGUUACUUCACUCUUGUUGCUGUAACUGACCACACUCUCAGCAUUCUCAGUCAUUACCAUUACGGUAGUAAGGAAGUGUAGCGCUCAUGUUUGGUUUAGUCUGGUCCUCUCCUCGCUGCUGAUUUGAGAGGGAGUGAAAUGAUGCACAAGAUCAUGGGAGCAGAAGACUUUGAGCUGGAGUGGUGCUAUGAGCAGUGUGCCAAUGUAUUAUGUGCUGAGCGAGUGGGCCAGAUGACUAAGACCUAUAAUGACAUUGACGCUGUCACAAGACUUCUGGAGGAGAAAGAGCGGGAUCUGGAGCUCUCUGCCCGCAUCGGUCAGUCCCUCCUGAAGAAGAAUCGCAUACUGUCAGAGCAGAACGAAUACCUGGAUGAACAAGUGGGCACCAUCAGGGAAGAGGUUGCUCAGCUUCACCAUGAGUUGAAUCUAAAAGAUGAGCUCCUGCAGUUCUACACUAAUGCAGCGGAGGAGAGUGAAGAGGGGUCUGGAUCACACACGGGUCGACAGGGAAGGAAUGGAGUUUCUGCCCCUAGCAGUUCAUCUCUGGAUAUUCUGCAGCACAAACUUCGAGACCUUGAGGAGGAAAACCUUUCUCUCAGAUCAGAGGCGAGUCAUCUGAAGUCUGAGACAGAGUCAUAUGAGGAGAAAGAACAGCAAUUGGUGAAUGACUGCGUCAGAGAGCUAAGGCAGUCAAGCAUCCAGAUCUCCAGUAUAGCAGAAGAGCUGGCCAAAAAGACAGAAGAUGCCUCUCGCCAACAAGAGGAAAUCACACACUUACUCUCUCAGAUAGUGGACCUGCAGAAAAAAGCCAAAACUUUUGCCAUUGAGAACGAAGAACUUUCUCAGCACCUUUCGGCAGCUAAAGACGCUCAGAGACAGCUCACAACCGAGCUGCAGGAGCUGGAGGAGAAAUACUCUGAGUGCAUUGAAAUGCUCCAUGAGGCUCAAGAGGAACUCAAGAACCUACGGAACCGCAGUGUGUCUGCAGGAACUCCUCGACGCUAUCACCCUCUGGGACUUUUUCCCAUGGACUCCCUGGCUGCUGAAAUUGAGGGAACCAUGAGGAAGGAAUUGAGUCUCGAGAAUCCUGACAAUGAAGAACAGAGGGUCCGUAAUAAGCGUGUGUUUGAGACUGUGAAGAACAUCAACCAGUCUGCCAGACUGCAAUCUUCUGCUACUAACAUCCCAGGGUCCAAUCAGACGCUGUCUUCCCUUAGCUCCCCCCAAUCCGACAGCAAUAGCAACAAUGCAGUACCUGAUAACCGUACACAGAGCAUGCUCCAUGAAACCAACUCCUCAGAUGCUGCCGUGGAUGCCUCUGAGAAGCGAUCUGGCUCCGAGGAGCUCAAACUUGCUCUGCGGCGACUGUCUCUACGUCGACAGAACUGUCUGAGCGAGCGUCUUUUCUUUGAGGGGGAGCGGGGGAGGCGUAAUCGGGAGCCGGCGGACAGUGGAUAUUAUUCAAACAGGCUUGUCCACAGUGAGAGCAUCAUGUCCCUGGGCGCUUGGUCCAGUCGGCCUUAUCUUCCUGACAAGCUCCAGAUUGUCAAACCUCUGGAAGGCUCAGCUACCCUUCAGCACUGGCAGCAGUUAGCUCAGCCUAAUCUGGGUGGUAUCCUGGAUGCUCGACCUGGUGUGGUCCCGAAAGGCUACCGUCCUUUGGAGGUGGAUCUGGAGGAAGUAUAUCACUAUGCCGACUACGAGGAGGAUGAGCCUGGAGAUCAGUACUUCCAGAAACUUCCCACCACAACCUCAUCUAAUCCCAGUGUCCCUCCUGCCCAUAGCAUUUCUCCCUCAGCCUCCCCGUCACCAUGUCUCAGCACAGGUCACGCGUCCAUAGAGUUCUCAAUGUAUUUCCCAGGCAAAUGCAUGGCUCAUACAAGUUCGACCUACACCUUCACCACCUGCAAAAUCCUCCAUCCUUCUGAUGAGCUCACAAGGGUGACCCCCAGUUUAAACCCUGUCCCAACCUCGUCCUGCGUGAUUUCAAGCAGUCUGCGGUCGACGCCUGCUGCCACGCCCUGUACUCCUCGCAGAAUGAGCCUGUCCCAGUCACAAUCCUUCACCAACCUGCGGGACCCCACAAAAACCUUCAGCACAUCUUUGGGGCUGGUGCGCCUCUUGCAGGAGAGGGGCAUCUCUGCCGCCGUGUACCAGCCUCAGAGCUGGGAGAGAGGAAGUGGAGGAGUCCUCUUUUCCACCUCAGUUCUUCCUCCUCCACCUCACGACCCCCACCGCCCCAAUACCCCACCCAAUUCUCCCACCCGCCGCACUCCUAGCCCGGGAUCGGUGGUUUCUGAUUCAGACACCUCUAUACCUUUCUCUUUCAAAAGCCCAUCCUAUGAAAACUUUUUGGCUUCCAAACCGGCACGGUCCAUUUUGAAAGAGGUAGCUGGGGUGUCCGGGGCUCAGGCUAAAGACUGUGAGAGCCAAACUGAUGUCAGUAUGUAUAAUCUCAAUUUGGUUGAUAAGCUGAAAAGGUUGGGUUUGGCAAGCCCCGGGGCUUCUGGGACAACAGGGGGUGGGAUUCCAAGGCCAGGCCGACUUAUAAGUCAUCUUGGUGCGCUACAAAGGUCAGGGUCCCCCUUUAGUCCACUAAAUGAAGGGAUGAGGAGGAAUCGGAGCUAUCCUGCUAUGGUUGGGGCCAGUAUGGCGAUGAAGGGGCCCGGCCCUCAAGGGGAUGAAUUGUUACUGACCCCUAAACUACCUAAGCAAACAAGUCUCAAAUAAGUUAUGCAUAAUAAUGAAUCACACAAUCAAUAGAUUGGGCACUACAUUACUAACACCGAAGUCAUAACUUGUACAAAGACCCACUAACUUAAAUAAUUAAUCCAAUUUGUUUAUUUAAUCUGUCUUCAUUUGCUCACCCUCAUUCCAAACCUGUUUAACUUU